GUGUGUCUCACUGAGUGCGAAGCCAACGUCUCCCCGGCUUUCUCCUGGGACUUCUGUCGUAAAGUGCUUUCAUCGCCUCUUUCCUCCCUCACCGGUAUCAUACGGAAAAGAUCUCAGGAGGAGGCGGAGGCCCUGUUUCCAGAGGAGGGUGAACAGGAGGAAGAGGUGGCUGGAGAUCUGCUGCUGCCCUUUGCCUUGCAGAGUUACGAUCAUGUGACAAGAGCGCUCGAGAUGGACGAGAGGGAUCUGGGGAGGAAUGACGGUCCUCUGAACACAGCCUUCAAUUCCCAGAAUGAGGAUGAGUACGAAGAGGAGGCGGGACAAGAAGAAGGAGCUGCUGCCUCAAGAGGACAAGGCGACGUAGGGCUGAGUGUCUCCAAGAGGUUCGGGGGAUUCGUCAAAGGGAGACACGGCUACAGGAAGCUGAUGUCUCCGGGAAGAUCGUACCAGAAGAGGUAUGGCGGCUUCAUCGGCAUUCGUAAGUCAGCGCGCAAGUGGAACAACCAAAAACGUUUCAGCGAGUUCCUGAAGCAGUAUCUGGAGAUGAGCUCUAAGGCCACCGAGUACAACAGCAUGUCAGAGGACCUCACCCAACAUAACGAAGUUUAGCACCUUCACGCCCCUGACAUUUAACUAUUUCCUGAUGUCUUUGCAAUGUAUCUUCAUACAAUGUUUAUACAAGAAAAUGUAUUCCUUCUUCUUUUGUCCGUUCUCCUACGAAUGUCCAGCAACACGUGUCAAUUUCCGCUCAUUACAGGUAUUUCAGAGGAAACAUGGUUUGCUUUAGGCCUCAUAAGUUCUGGUUUUAGUUUAAGAAAAGGUGACAUUUGGGAUAAAGCAACUACCGAAUAGGCAAAGUUACGGGACAAAUAAGUCAUUGUUUGGGUUGAAACUAAUUACGGCGUGGUUGAAACUAAAGUAUGGAAGUAACAAUCAAUGUUUGGGUCACAAUAGACAUAAACAUAGAUGGAAUACAUCCAAAUUGAUUUCGUGAAUAUUAACAUAACAUAUUACUUUUUACUUUACACGUUUACACCACUGACAUUAAACUAUUUCCUUGUGUCUUGGUGUCAAUUCACGUUCAGUUAAGUCUUUUUAAACUAAGGAAAAAACUUGUUUUGGUUCAGGCUACAACAUUUCUUGGUUAGGUUUAGGAAAAUCGUCGGGUUUACCAAAUUUGCAGUGUUACGUGACAAAAAAGUCAACAACAAUUGCAGAAGUGUCACUACUAAAGUUCAUAAGUUACUCUUGUGUCAAAUCGGACACAAACAUUUUUCUUCUUGGUGAAAGUCUUGUCUCCAUACAUCCGUGCCGGCCUCCUCCCUACGCAGAACUCUUGGUUUUUAUACUUUCUGGCUCGUAAUUAACGUACACAUUCAAAUUGAUUUCAUGGGAUAUACACAAACUACAUUACUUUUAAAGCUACAAGUAGGCUAUGAGAACAGCAUGUUACCUCCCUCAUUCUUGUUGCGUUAUUUAUUUAUUUUGGUGUCACCAAAGUACUAAUCAGUAAUUUACCAAAUAAUAAGCCUAAGAUUCUCAUUGUAUGCCUCUGACGACGAUAUGAUUGCCCUAUUUUUUCCACCUCAUAAUUAUGAUGCAAUCGAUUAGCCUUGAAUCAUCAAACUUUCUCAAGAAAAUGAACUCUCUAGGAGAAAUGUAGAAAUGUCUCCGCUCUGCACCCUCUUUGAGACCUCCCAGGUAUUACCUCUGGAUGUACCAGGUAAAUAACCAUGUUUGAUUCGAAUAACUACCCAAGUCCUUAUACGAUCAGCUUUAAAGCACUUUGGAAUUUGUCCUGCAGAAGUGUGCUGUACAAUACAGUAUUUAUUUCUUUUCAGACCCUAAAAGCCAAAGGUUUUAAUAUUGUAAUUUUUUUUUUAAUCGCAAUUUAGCUCAUUUGGGUUCAAGAGACAAAUCACAAAGAUAUGUUUUCUCUCAAUUAAGUUAGUCAUUUAUACUUUUUUACUUGUCCCCUGCAGUGUUUUAAUGUUUCCUACAAGAAGUACUUUACAAAGCAUGAUUUGGUUAUAAAAUAAUUAUACAUUUUCUUUUUAAUUUUGGAUAAUUGGAACAAAUCUAAGACCAUCUCCGGACAGCUUCAUGUCUUUCAAUCAUUUUUGACAAAAUAUUAUCCGCCUCAAAGAUUGCAAUCUUUCUUUAAAGCAUGGGCAAGAGUUGAACAUGAAUAAGACCAAUGUGUUAACAUCAGCAAUUUGAAACGUCCUUCUAAAAUUGUUAAUAUAGGUUUAUUAACAAUGAAAAAAAACGACAUCCUUAUGAAGAGCAGACACAAUUAUAUUAAUACAUUUGACCAUUUAACACAUUUGACCAUUUAACUCCCACAAAAUGAAUUCCCCACUAUUACAGUAUUUGAAUUAAGAGCUUUAGUAUCAAAAGUGAAUUGGCGUAUCUCAGGACGUUAAUAUCAUUUUUUAUAACGUUUAUUUCCCAAAUUCAUUACUGUGCUGGGUCAUCUGUACAAAUGACCAACUCUUCCUACAUCUUUACUACGCUACCAUCUUGUGGCAGAAUGCAGUCUCUUUCAAAGGACAAUACCAGUGUUUUUUUUUUUCAUGUUGUUGUAUUUUGGUUAGGGUAAUGUCGGCAGUAAUGUAAAGUAUAGUGUAUGUGAUGUGUGGUCAAUAAGUGAAAAAAAGAACACAACUAGAAGUCACUGAUUUAUCACUGUGCCAAAACACACCUGAAACAAGGCUACUGAGGCAGGUUUAAUACAACACAUGUCUUCUUUCAAAUGGAAGUUUAUACUCAGCACUUUUUCUGCAUUUUCUGAUCUGUGUGCUAAACUGGUGUUAUGUACAAGUGAGCAUCGUCGUUGUGUCCGGAUGCCAGUGUGUACAAACUUUAUGUUAUUUUUCUUCAAACUAUAAUGGUGUGAAAUGUUGCCCACUAUGAUAACUUGUAAAUAGCAUUUAACAAUGUCAAUAAAAUAGUUUACUAUUUCCUUCGUGGCUUGUUAUGCACCAACUGAUUAUGUGUCUUGAGGUGUUUUGUUCAUAUAUUUUCAGUGUCGGGGGUUAUC